AUGGGUCUAUUCGCAUUUGUCUCAUUCUUGGUGGUUACCACGCUGGGCACCCUCUAUCCGAUCUAUCUCUCGUAUAAGGCCAUCAAAAAUAACGACCUCCAAUCGCUCGAAAUUCUGCUAAUGUUUUGGGUCGUCAUGGGCACCAUUAACGCCAUCGAGUAUGCCUUUGGAUGGUUUCUACAUUGGAUCCCGUUCUUUUAUCAAUUUAAGAGCGCAUUCAUCUUAUGGCUUACCCUCCCACAAAUACAAGGAUCUACAUACGUCUAUGUCACCUACAUCCAUCCAUUCUUGCUCGAACACGAAGUCGAGAUCGAUCGAUGGUUGGUUGAUGUAAAGCAGAAAUGUCGACAGACGGGCACCACCUACUUUUAUCAAUUUAUCGACAGGUUGAAAGCGCUCUUGGUAGCCGCGAUGCUACCUGCAAACGAUCCCCAUAAUCCAAGUAGAAUACAACCAUCCAAUCCAGCAAACAUCCAAGGCACUCAAUUCGAUGCUGCUUCGACCUACGCAAUGGAUCUUCUUCGGCAACUGGGGCCUACGGCAUCUGCGAUCUUCCAGCCGAUGCAGAACCAACAAACCACUCCCAGUUACCUGCAUCCCAACGAUUCGACAAACGCACGAGGACCGAGUUCUCAAAGUUCGCAACAACAGAGUGGGAGUUAUCGUACCACCGGGGAUGGCGGAUACCGCAUUCCAGAAUACGAUGAGAUCCCCGUUGGGGGAUCUCGGCCCCGAAAGUCUUACGACGAGAAUGACGAUCCGUCGGCGACGGACCGGUUGAUUUCGUGUUUGAACAAGUUGUUUAAUCGGAUGCUCGUCGUUGGCUGUUAA